AUGGAAAAGCGUGAGCGGUUGUUGGAGGAGUACAAGGGCCUGCAGGCCAACCUGGAAGAGGCCCUCGAGCUGAAGCACAGCAACCAGGCUGACGAGGAGGUAGACGCGUUGAUUGAGGAGAUCAAGGACGAGCUACGCGCCGUCGUUGUCUCUCUCAACGCCACGGAGAACAUUGAGGUUACGCCGGGACUAACAAAGAAGAGCGGAGCAGGUUCCGAACCUGUCCCCUGCUACUUGGAGGCUGCGCCGUACGAGGUGCAUUUUGACGAGGUGGCGUGGUAUAGCUGCGUCGUCACGGCCGUCGUGCCGCCCGCGACACCGCUGGACCGCAUUCGCUACAAGGCGUGGAUUUUAGGCUACAACGUUGAGGAAGAGGUAUGUAGUGAGCAACUGCGACCAUGGCAGCCCCAGACCGCUGAGGGAGAGGGCGCUCUCCGCUCUGGCGUGGUGUGUCACGCGAUUGAUCCCGAGUCGGGGAAGUUCUCUUUGGCAAAGGUGGAGCGACUCACUCUUGACAACACCGUCAUUGUGGCAUUUGAGAACGCUGUCGACGACGGUGAGGCGGCCGCCACGGGAAUUGCUACUGCCACCGUCAACAAGGAGGUGCCGCUAUCUCAUGUGCGUGUUGGACGCUUCUACCAGGAGCUUCGCAAGCGGCCAGUGUUGACGCCGGAGGAGCGGGCCAAGCGGCGGGCGGGGAACUUGGAACGGAAGCGGCUGCGGAUGCAGAAGAAGCGCCAGUUGGAGGCCGAUGUGGCGGCACAGAACGCGAAUGAUUGGCAAAGGCUUGUGGAUGACAUGGGAAUAGGGGGUGGCCCACGAAAGCGGAAACGCUGA